AAAUUAUUUAUGGGAAGCAUCAAUCGUUGUAAAUGACAGACAGCUCAACCACAUCAGAGUUUUUUUCUCUCUAUAUGACCAGCAUUAAGCAUUCUUCAAAGUCGUAAAGCUUGUCAGAAGAAAAGAGAUGAAUUGGAAGUUGAGUUUGUUAAUUGGUUUGAUGAUGCUCUUGUCUAUUGCACUAAACCCAACUUUGGGCAGAGUAACAAACCCAUCGUUCACGAUAAGAAAAGAGAUUGGAAAUAUACACAUGAAUAAGGGAAUGAAGAUUGGCUUUAGAGGCAGUGUUUCUAGAUCUGCUCAUCAUGGAAACGAUCCACCUAAUCAUCACUGAGUUAUGUCAUGUAAUGAUCUUUCAUCUCGACUCCAUGAUCCUGUCCUGUAACUUUUUUACUUAUUAUAUUAUUCUGUAAAGUUUUGUUUCAUUGCGUAAGUGUUGUCAAAGUGUUCCAAGUUAUGCCUUGUAAUAAAAGAAAAGAAAAAAGAGAAGUGAAUAAAAUUCAUUGCAUACAUAUACUGUAUGUCUAGUUUAUUG